GGGAAGCCGCCUGCCGAGAACCCCUCCGGCUCCGACACCCUCCCCGGCGCAGAGCCCUGGCCGCCGCCGGGCUGCAGCCUUGCAAUCUGUUGAUAACUCCGCUCGCGGGCUCCAGCGCUGCCCCUGGGCUGGGAAACUGCUCCCGGACCCACCCGGGGACUCACCGCCUCUCGCCAGCAGGAAGCGCAGGACCGCCGCCCCUCCUGCUGUUGUUGCCAAAAUAGAUGGGGGCGGUCGCCCAGGGCUCGACCCCGUGGCCGCUGCCCGGGACCUUGACCUUCUGGACGGCCAUGGAGGCCGGCGGGGAGAACGGUGCGACGUAAUCGGCUGUGCCGUCGGCACCCCCUCCGUCCCCUGCUCACACUUCAGUAACUUCGCUGCGCCCAUGGAUUUGAGGACUGUCCUGUCCCUGCCCCAGUCCCCAGGGGAGUUCCUGCACCCCGUGGUGUAUGCCUGCACGGCCGUCAUGCUGCUGUGUCUGCUGGCCUCCGCCAUCACCUACAUCGUCCACCAGAGCGCCAUCCGGAUCAGCCGGAAAGGCCGGCACACGCUCCUGAACUUCUGCUUCCACGCGGCCCUGACCUUCUCCGUGUUUGCUGGCGGCAUCAACCGCACCAAGUACCCGAUCCUGUGCCAGGCGGUGGGUAUCGUGCUGCACUACUCUACACUCUCCACCAUGCUGUGGAUCGGAGUGGCUGCCAGGAACAUCUACAAGCAGGUGACCAAGAAGGCCCCGCUGUGCCCGGGGGCAGACCAGCCACCGCACCCCAAGCAGCCCCUGCUCAGGUUCUACCUCAUCAGCGGAGGGGCCCCUUUCAUCAUCUGCGGCAUCACGGCCGCCACGAACAUCCGGAACUACGGGAUGGAGGACGAGGACUCUGCGUACUGCUGGAUGGCCUGGGAGCCCAGCCUGGGCGCCUUCUACGGGCCGGUGACCUUCAUCUCCCUGGUCACCUGCAUGUACUUCCUCUGCACCUACGUCCAGCUGCGGCGCCACCCAGAGCGCAGGUACGAGCUCAGGGGGCGGACGGAGGAGCCGCAGCGGCUGGCAGGGCCAGAGGCCGGCCAGAGCCCCGGGGCCCCGCGGGCCACGCCGCCCGCCCACGAUGCCCUGGUCGCCUCGCUGCUGCGGAACGAGCACUCGUUCAAGGCCCAGCUGCGGGCCGCCGCCUUCACGCUGUUCCUGUUCGUGGCCACGUGGACCUUUGGGGCGCUGGCCGUGUCCCAGGGCCACUUCCUGGACAUGAUCUUCAGUUGCCUGUACGGCGCCUUCUGCGUGACCCUGGGGCUCUUCGUGCUCAUUCACCACUGCGCCAAGCGGGAAGACGUGUGGCACUGCUGGUGGUCCUGCUGGUGGUCCUGCUGCUCCUCCCGCGGGGACCCCCACGCCGCGAAGCUCGGCGCCCGCCCCACGCUCGACGCCAACGGGGAUGUGCUGAGCCACGCAGCCGGCCUGCAGGACUCACCGUGUCCCGGCAAGACGCUGGGCUUCGGCCCCCCGCCAGCCAGCCACUGCAAGAUGACCAACCUGCAGGCCACCCAAAGCCACGUCAGCUGCCUGUCACCGGCCACACCCUGCUGCAGCAAGAUGCACGGCGAGCAGUUGAUGGAGGACGCAGCCCACGUCCACGUGCACGAGGAGGACGCCUUCGGGCCUGGCCCGCACCUGCACAGGUGCAUCCAGGGCAGAACUCAGCCUCACUACCUCAGCCGGCACCGGGCGGCCUCGGCCGGGCAGGAGUACGCCUACCACAUCCCGUCCAGCCUGGACGGCAGCCCCCAUAGCUCGCGCACGGACAGCCCCCCCAGCUCGCUCGAGGGCCCAGUGGGGCCACACGUGCUGGCCUGCUGUGCCCAGGGUGACCCCUUCCCCUUGGUCAGCCAGCCCGAGGGCAGCGCCGCCAGCCCCGUGCUCUAUGGCUGUCCCCCACGGCCUGGCAGGGAGGCAGCCCACGGCCCGGCCCACUUGGAGAUGCUCCGGAGGACACAGUCCCUGCCCCUUGGCGGCCCCGGCCAGAACGGGCUGGUCAAGGGUGAUGCACGGGACGCUGCGCCCUUUGGCUCUGACAGCACGGGUAACAUCCGCACGGGGCCCUGGAGGAACGAGACGACCGUGUAG